AGGUAUACGGGCUGAUGUUCGCCCCUCACUGGGAUCGACUGACUUGCCACGCGCGGCCACUAACAGCUACGCCAACGAAAAGCUAUCUAUUCGUUGGCGCGGCUGGCCUGUUUACAUACUUGAGGAGACCGCUAGCAUUCUCAGCAAGGACCAUCCCCCCGACAAGAAACCCAAGAGUGACAAGGCCGCUGUCCAGUCUGCACAUGAGUUUGACCCCACAGAACUGCCUGUGCAGAAGACUGUGGUAGCAGAGGGAAGCCCAGAGCCCUGUGGGCUUGUCCAGCGUUGUGUGAUCAUCCAGAAAGACGAGAAUGGCUUUGGGCUGACGGUGAGCGGAGACAACCCUGUGUUUGUGCAACUGGUCAAGGAGGAUGGCGCUGCCAUGCGAGCUGGUGUCCAGACUGGUGAUAGGAUCAUCAAGGUUAACGGCACCUUAGUAACACAUUCAAACCAUGUAGAAGUUGUCAAGCUUAUCAAAUCGGGCUCCUAUGUUGCCUUGACGGUGCUGGGGCGACCCCCAGGCCUUGUCCAAAUCCCCCUGGGGGAAGGGGAGGGAGACCCAGGCUUGUCCCCCUCCCUUUCUUCCCCCCACUCCCCAGGACCCACGUCGGGGGAGUCGCGUGGUCUCUCCCCCUCCUCCACCACCAGCACCCAGGACCAUAUCACACCCCCGCUGCCUCUUUGGGCAAUGCAGGAGGAGUAUAGCAAGAACCCCACACCCAAACUACUGAAGGAGAUCCAGGAGGCCAAGCAGCACAUUCCACUGCUACAGGGCCAGCUCAGUAAGGCCACAGGGACACCUCAGGACGGCCCCCUGUCGCCUAGGGAUGGUGAGGUAGAGGAGGAGUGGACUGAUGGUGACCAGACCCCCUCCUCGCGGAGAGAGGGCAGCAGUGACUGGCCCUGGACUAACAACAACAACACUGUGACUCCAAGUCCUUUCCCCGAGAGUUUGUGCCAAAGAGAGACCCCCUGCCACAGCCCAAAGACCCCCAGAGACAGCAUCAACUGCCACUCGCCCGACACCGAGGACACACCCGAUCUGUCCGUUGUGGGCAGCCCCUCCUCCCGACUAAACCCUCAGAUCAUCGGAGCAGAGGAUGACUACUUUGAUACUGAACAGGAACAGAUUAAUGGUCAGUGUAGCUGUUUCCAGAGCAUGGAGCUGCUAAAGUCUAGACCUGCUCACCUGGCUGCCUUCCUACAUCACGUGGUCUCACAGUUUGAUCCGGCACCUCUGCUGUGCUACCUCUAUGCCGACCUAUAUAAGCAGACCAAUUCCAAAGAGACCAGACGGAUCUUUAUGGACUUUCACACCUUCUUUAUGGACCGAGCAGCGAACCUUAAAGUCGCAGUGCCUGACUCUAUCGCUUCUGAACUUGAACGCCGGAGACCAGAGCUCAUUCCUGAGGAGUUACACAGACAGUACACACAGGUCCUCCAGGACACACUCCUAGCUGACAUCCAGAAAAACUUGGAGGACUUCCGGCAGAAGCGCAGCAUGGGUCUGACGCUGGCAGAGACUGAGCUUGCCAAGCUGGACACGGAGAGAGUGCGGGACCGUGUGGCACUGGAAAGAGAGCGUUCCUGCGCUGAACACAUAAUGUCCAAGAUUGAGGAUGUGCUCCUGACAUCACCCUCUACUGAAGAGGAGAAGUGCACAACAAUGCAGUAUGUCAUCCUCACCUACAUGAAGCACCUGGGGGUGAAGGUCAAGGAACCUCGCAGUCUGGAACCCAAACGAGUCCGCAUCAACUUCCUGCCUAAGAUAAAGAAGAGCAUUAAGCCUGAGAAAGAGGGAGAAGAAAAGGUGAGGAAACCUCGCUUUCCCAGCAUCCUCGUCCCCCCUCGUCGGCCCAGCAGAGUGGACUCCACAUCAAUUGGCAAGGCCAUGGAGCUGACCAAGCAGCGACCCCAGAAGCAGCUGUCCCAGCCAGCCAUGGGGGUCUCCGAGCAUUCAGAAUCUUCCUCUGCUGGGAGCCGGGCCCGCGGGAACCAAUCCAGCGAGGGCUCUGAUGCCAGCGCCCAGCCCUUGACCUAUAUCACCUCACCCCCCCACAGCGUGCCAGCGAGCCAGGGCUCUGACUUGACGGGACGGGACUCGGACUCAGGCCUCCCUCCCUCCUCUGCUCUACCCAGACUUAGUGAGGGGGUCCAUUUGGGCGAUACCCUUGAUGGCAUGUCCCACCCAACCAGCACCCACUUUGACUUCAGCUCCUGCACCCUAGACCAAUUACAAGAGGAGGAGCGAGAAAGUGACAGAGCUCCAGAGGGAGGGACACCCAAGCCUGCUCGGAGAAUGGACGGGUUAAGUGGUUUGACCUCUUCAGACGUGCAAAGCGAAGAUGACCAAGGGAAUGAGAUUGAGUGCGAACAGGACCCUCCCAACUGGCAGCAGCUGGUCAGUCGAGACAUCCUGGCUGGCCUUACACCACAGGAAAUCAAGAGACAGGAAGUUAUCAAUGAACUUUUCUACACCGAGCGAGCACACCUGAGAAUGCUGAAGGUUCUAGACUACGUCUUCUACCAAAAGCUAACCAGAGACGGCAUCCUCCCUCCAGUCGACAUCAAACACAUCUUCACUAACCUGGAGGAGAUCGUUCAGCUACAUGUGUCUAUAACAGAUCAGAUGACGGCUAUACGCAAAAAGAAUGAGUCAUCAGUCAUCGGGCAGAUAGGAGAUGAUCUGCUAACAUGGUUCAGUGGUGGAGAGGAGGAGAAGAUCAAGCGGGCAGUGGGCACCUUCUGCAGUAAUCAGCCAUUUGCUUUAGAACUUAUCAAGACCAGACAGAAGAAAGACCAGCGCUUCACCUCUUUUAUGCAGGAAGCAGAGAGUAACCGCCUCUGUCGCAGACUGCAGCUAAAGGAUAUCAUUCCAGUGGAGAUGCAGAGACUCACCAAGUAUCCGCUUUUGCUAGAGAGCAUAGCAAAGUACACAGAUGACACAGAGGAAAGAGACAAGGUGAAGAGAGCUGGGGAGUGCUGUAGGAAGAUACUCAAUUAUGUCAACCAGGCUGUCAAAGAGGCAGAGAACAAACAGAGGCUAGAAGAUUACCAGCGACGAUUAGACCUGUCAUCUCUGAAGCAGAGUGAGAACCCUAUGAUAUCUGAGUUUAAGAAUCUGGACCUCACCAAGAAGAAGAUGGUACAUGAAGGACCUCUUUCCUGGAAAGUCAACAAAGACAAGAUCAUCGAACUGUACACCCUGCUUCUUGAGGACAUCCUGGUCCUUCUGCAGAAGCAGGAUGAACGCAUGGUUCUCAAGUGCCACAGCAAGAACUUGGCAGGGACAGCAGACACCAAGCACAUCUUCAGCCCCAUCAUCAAGCUCAGCACUGUGCUGGUGCGCUCUGUAGCAACUGAUAACAAGUCCUUCUUCGUGUUGUCCAUGUCAGACAACGGUGCCCAAAUCUAUGAGCUAAUGGCACAGACGGUGUCAGAGCAGAGAACGUGGCAGUGUCUAAUCACACAGAGGGCGGACAACAUGAAGACGAAACUGCACAUCAUACCUUUACCACAAACAGAUGUGGAGCAAGAAGCUGUUGAGAUUAUCAGUACGGCAGUGCCCAAACUGAGCAAAGACCCUGACCCUGACAGGACUUCAACUGGAAGUAUCCAGUCCCCAGGUUAUUUAGAAAAAGACGUCACUUCCUCUUUGGUUCUGCAAGCCCCACAGAUAGGGACCAAUCCCUUUGAUGGUGUCAAAUCAGAGGAUGAGGAGGAAGAAGAGGCUGUACCCGACAGGGGAGGGGAGGAGGAGGAAGUGAGCACAUUCCUGGAAGGCGAUCUGGCCGACAGACUGCCCUUCCUUCAGCAGAGGUCACGGCAGGGCAUCGCCAUGGAUGACCAGGAACCAGAUGCUUUUGGCAUAGCUCCUACCAGGGCAGAGGAGGCAUUAAGGACCUUGGCAGCCCUAAAGCAGGUGCUUCUGAACCACAUGAUGACCCGUGAGGAGGGAGGAAGAGAGAAAGAGAAAGACAAAGAGCAGAGGAAGGGCCGAGCCGUCGGAGGCCGACUACUCAGGACCACCUCCCUUAGGGGCCCGGAGGACAGCAGCAGCAGCAACAACCCUGACUGCAGGACAACACCGCCGUCUGUUGUCUCCGCUGAAAACGGCAGUGGUUUGUACCAGGCGGAGACUGGGAAGGAAGACAGGGCUCCAGAACUCCCUUCUGGUGACACAGACAUUUUUGAGACAUCGGAGGAAUAUGGUAGUUACAUGGUCCUGGAGGGUUAUGGGGGUUCAGGGGAAAGCAGUACAGAUGACGACGGCGUGCUUGGUGGAGAGGGAGGAAUCCAGUGGGGCUCCGCAGGCGACUUCAGCAUCGACCUGAAGAAGCUGCUCUCCUCGUCCUCACAGACAGGGGGCGCCGGCCCCAACCUCAGCCGACAGGUUAUGACUCACCUACGCCUCCUACAGGCCAACUUGCAACAUCUGAAGGACGUGGAGACCAAGUAUAACCAACUGCGCCAAAGUCUGAGUGAAACGGCUACUGACACAGAGGAGAAUAAAGGGAUGGGAAGAUUCACCGAUUCGCAUCGGUGCAUCGGCAUAAAAGCUCACGAUGCGAUGGCCCGGAUCAAAAAAGUGUGCACCGGAUACAAUGUGGGAUGAAAUCGCGAUGCAUCGUUUCAAACAUCUUUGCAUCGAUCAGAGUUAGUGAUUAUGGCAGUCCUCUUCCCUUCCACUUCUCAAGGACAGAGGAGUGUCAGAGGGAGGGGGAGACGGUGUCUGAUUUCCUCUGGAUGCCCCCCACCCACCUCCUUUCUUCUCCUCAUCCCCUCAUGCUGCAGUGGCCGACCGCAGAGCCUGGAAAUUUCAGCAAAGUUAGCAAGUAGACAGGCCGGCAUACAUGGCAAUCAGGGAAGACCUCAACCUCCACAGCUUCAUCCCAGGACCAUAGUACUUCCAAACACUCCACUGUAAUGGUCAACUUGAAUAACCAGAAAACCAAAUGGAAAUGAAGAAAAGUGCCAUUCAGAUUGCAUGGCCCACCAUACAACUUUUCCAGCGAGCAUGGAUAUCACUGGACAGGGAAAUCCUCACCACAGAUUUUUUUUUUGUCCACUGCGUCUGAUCUAAGUAGUAUGUUCCUGUUGCUUGUGAGAAUUUGGUUCUGGUUAAAAGUGAGAAUUGUGUCCCUCUAUAUGGGGGAUGUUCAGUGAUCCAGAAUCUCCAUCACCCCCUCCAUCUGUUUGAGAGUGGUUUUCCAUUGAUACACCUCCAUAGAGUACAAUACACAACAUAAGUAGUUGUGACUCAAUAUGAGAAGUGUGCUGAUUAUUCCGAGGACAGUUGCAUACACUUAAGGAAUCAGCCAUUUAGGUCUGUACAAAUUGAAAUCUGUUGUUGUUCCCAUUUUUGCCAGAUAGAAAGUAAACUUUUGGACCUAAAACUUAGUCUACAACACUAACAACUAAACCUGAUCCUGGUAAUUGAUUGACUUAUCAACAGUGGAUAUUUAUAGAAAAUCCUUUUGAGGUUAAACAUCAAGGUCUGAAUUACCAGCCCGUAAACUUUGUUAGAUAGACUUCAAGUAGAUAAGCACAAGGCCUUGAUCAGCCCUCAGAAAAUAGUCAAAAUGUAGUCAAACAGUUCCUUAUCAUAAAUUGUAGCUAUUGAUUUAAAACAGUUUGAUGCAAAUGUAUAUGCCUUCCUCCUUUGUGCAGUCAUAUUGCAGUCAUAGAGGUCAUUUAAAAAGGCUAGACUUCGAAUUUUUCACCACUGUUCACAUUUCUGUUUUGAUGGAAAUAUGGACAAGACUUCUGCAGGAAUGAAAAGUGCUGUAAAAAUAUUUCAGUGAUAUGCCGUCAGUGUUGAGAUGAUGGAGAAAAUAAACGUACCCACUUUAUGGGUGCAGGGCUGUAUAUCCUCAGAUUUACUUAAGAGCAGACCUGCUAUCUCACAAGCUUGUGACAAAGCAGAAAUACAUGAGGACAUUAUUGUCAUUCCUGUGAUUAACUUUGUUGUCAUGUAAUAUUCAUUUAUUUCUAAUAGCCCCAUCACUUCCCCAUGCACCCCCUCCAACCCCAUACCCCCCCUCCGAAAGCAGUUACUGUAACAUUCUGGUUUACCAUUUUUGAAACUCAAAACAGUUACUGUACACAAUCUAUUGGAUACAAGCUACUGGGGAACUCUUCACUCACCAUUAAGCUUUUGGGGUAUGAGCACAGGACUUCUGCAAUUUCAUGGUUGGAUUGAGAAAUGACUGCAAGGCACAAAACAUAUAUUACUUUUACUCCAACGUACACCGUAGCCAAAAGACUGUGUGCGCUUAUGAAGUUGUCAUGGAUUCUGGAUGAAAAAGAAGUAAAUUACAAAAAAAGCUGAAAAGACCACAUAAAACUUUUAAAAAGAACUUGUAUGGACUAUUUUAAAUGUAAAAAUUGUAUAAUUAUGACCAACACUGCAUCUCUUAAAGAAAGAGCAAUCUACACAUUUCCAUGUUUUUUCUUUUGCUUUCUACAUCAUACAAUCAUGUAUCAUUUUAACAGAAACUACUAAAAAAUGAAAAUGUUGAGACUGCAAGGUAUCUCUAAAAUAUUAAUGUAAUCUAUAUUUUUAUUAUUUUUGUCUAGACGUUAUAAUAUUUUAUAUUAUUAUGAGUACUAUUAUUAAAAUGGUCUCUGGCUAUGUUGAAAACAUCAAUAGUUAUUUUAGUUGAGAGAUUUACAUUUGACUGAUCCGUUGUUAAAAUGAAGGGGAUUGUUCGACACCACACAACUGAAAAUGUAAAAUAUAUUAUUAAAGAAGCUUGCUGGAAACACUGAAA